ACUAACAACUUGUUCUCUUUCUCUCUUAAUUUCCAUGGCUUCUGCUUCUGCUUCUCGGGGAAGCGCGGAGCUCCCCGGUGAUCAGAGGGAGCGGGCGGAGGCGAGCCCGGAGAGGGCGAAGGUGUGGAUCGAGCCGAAGCCGCCGCGGAGAUCAUCGGAUAAGAAAAAAGCCGUGGCGGUCGCGGCCGUCGUCUACUACCUCUCAAGGAACAAUCACUUGGAGCAUCCCCACUACAUGGAAGUCACCUACUCCUCCGACGAAGGUCUCUUUCUCAGAGAUUUUAUCAACCGACUCAACGUUCUCAGGGGACAGUGGUUGGGGGCAAUGUACUCCUGGUCUUCCAAACGAGCCUACAAGAACGGAUAUGUGUGGCACGACCUCUCCGACGACGAUUUGAUCCCUCCGAUCCACAGCAACGAGUACGUGCUCAAGGGGACGGAGCUCGUUCCCACCGCCGCCUCGUCUUCGGUCACCGCGACCGCUUCCUCUUCGUCCAGCUCGGAGAAGCCUCUCGACGCAUCCAAAUCCAUCAGAGGCGAUCUCGGCUUCCACAAUUCGCGAAAAACCGAUACAGUGCCGAACUCUCGUGGGCUAACGGCGGAGACGGCUGUCGGAUCGGCCGACGCGUCGACGCAGACGGAGGAGAGACCGCCGUGGAGAGCGCGAGAGGAUUGCAUUGCCGACUACUCUAACUGUCGAGCGGAGCUCCGGAGGGAGGAGAUCUCGCCGCCGCCGUGCUUGUCGUCGAGCCCGGAGGCGCUUCCACCGCCCCUCAAAACAGCCUCGUCGACUGCGCGGGUCGACGGGGAUCGGACGGCAGGCGGUUGCUUGAGCGGCAGGUUCAGGGCUUCGACGGUCCUAAUGAAUCUGAUCCCCUGCAGCUCAGUGUCGGUGAAAGAAGCAGUAAAUAACAUUCCUGCUUCUUCUGUGGAGUACUACGGUGGGAGCUCGAUUGAGGCGAAGAGCAUCGGAGAAAAUGGUGCAGGAGAACUCUCACUGUUGAAGAGAUCAUCGUCUUGCAAUGUCAAUAGCAGUGGGGUGAAACUUGAGUUUUGUAAGGGAACUGAGGGUGCAGAUGCUGGAUGCAUGCCGCGAAAGCCGAGGACGACGAAAGAAGGGUACAUUCCCAUCGCGCGCAGCGCAAAUGUGGGCGAGAGAUUCACUAGGUAGCUGAAAAUUUUUAAAUGACAGGAAAAGGCGAAACAAUAAAGAAAAUUUGAGCUAUUUGAGAGUGAAAGCGCAACACCGAAUACUAACUAGAUUGGAAAUGUUGGAUGAGUUAACUAUCUGUAUGAAGCAGAUGCAUCAUGCAUGCUUCUUUUAGCCUUGCGUAAUUGAAUUUCAGUGAGAUUCUAUAAGUUCAUGUUUUUUCGCAGUUUUACAAUGUUGUCUGAAAUAUUAUUA